CUCAUUUUGCAUAUGGAGGUCAAGAUUACCCAAGAUUUCAUCUUCUUCUAGUUAUCGCUGCACACAAAACAACAGUCAGGAAACAUGUCUUCUUAUUCAGAAACUUCGAGCGAGGAGAGGAGACGAAGAAGACGAGAACAACGCGCUGAGCAAGAGACAUCGGAGGAAAUGGACGAAGCGGCUAAGAGAAGAGAGGCACGCAGAAAAGAACGUGAGGCACGGCGUGCGGAAAGAGAUGCAGAAGAUGCUGCCGAUGAAGAAAAGAGGAAAAAGGAAAGGGAAGAAAGGCGAAAAAAGAGAGACACAGGAAAAGAUGAAUCUGCUGAAGAGAGUGCAUCAGCUCGCCGUCGCCGUGAAAGAGAGGAAGAAGAGAAGAGAAAAGCUGAGGAGGAAGCAGCAGAACAAAGGCUAAGAGAAGAAGAAAAGCGAAGAGAACAAGAAAGACGAAGGCGCGAAGAAGAGGAAGAAGAGGAAAGGAGAAGAAUGGAGGAGGAGAAAAAUCGUCUAAAUCAAGAUCAUGUUGAUGCAGAUGAGGGUGAUGAAGAGGAAGACGAGGAGGAAGAAGAGGAAGAGGAAGAAACCAUCAUGGAUCGACUAAGUCCCCAGAAAAAGCAGGCAAUUCUUGAGGGGCUGGCUAAUGAGCUGCGCCGAAUAGUUGAAGAGCGAGAAGCCAAGAGUGUGCCAGCUUCCCAGCAGGAACUUGACGAACUUGACCUCAAACUGCGCUCCCUUCGAACACAGCUGCGAAAAGCAGAGGAAAAUUCUAAUGUGCUUGCGAAGCAAAAGAAAGAACUCGAAGAGAAGAUCAAGAAAAAUACAAAUGAUAUCAAUCAUCUUCGUACCCAGGUUAAGAGCACGGAAGAUGAGAACGCUCGUUUAAUUAAGGAGGGAAAGAAAGUGGCUCCUCAAAGAGCAGCGAAGAAGACCCUUCCACCAAAGAAAGGAAACUUUGUAAAUGUGGUGCGUAAAGCUCAGGCGGCUGCAUGGGAGGAGAAAUUUAUGGCAAUGAAGGCCAAGCAGAAGGAAUCUAACAAGAUGAGCGAGGAGCUUAUGAACAAAAUGAACCGAGUCAAGCGCACAGACAGUCCCCUGUUAACCGGGCUCAAGAAGGACAAGAAGGACAAGAAGAAAGAAGAGAAGGAAGCCGCACCAGCCUGGGCCAAGAGCCAGCUGAAGAAGGGAGGCAGCAAACCCUGGGGCGAAGAAAAGAAGAAGGAAGGCGAGAAGAAACCCGACUGGUCAGGACGAGUGGCUCUUAAGAAGACCGAGAAAAAGGAAGGCGUAGAACUGGGCGAGAGCAAGCGCCAGGAUUGGCGGGAAGGUCUGAAGAAAGCUCCGAAAAGUCCUGGUGUCGAAGGCGCUGGUGACCCCGAGUGGAAAGGUGUGAGCCUGCGCACAACUGGCCGACACGACGAAGAUGAUUAAACCUGAAAAACUUGUUUAGGAGUAGGUAGUCUUGCUACAAAAACAAGUUCUCUUAAAGCAUUUUAAAAGCCGAUUUUUUAGGCUCUUUUUGUAUGAAUUUUUUCUAAGCCCGUUAAGCCUUGCCCACGUAAAGAAAUGUAGUUUAGUUGAGCCUGUAGAAGGUGAUUCAAAUGACCGCGAAAGGAAGUAAAAAGGUUUUUUUUUUCGAUGGUUGGUUCCCACCCUCUUACCUCCAUAAAUAUUUCUGAACACGGAUAUUCUAUUUGAAAAUUGAAAUGGCAACUUUGGUUAUAAAGUAGGUUAAAUUCUCCUUACAAGUGAAAUUAGUGCAGGUUAGACAAAUUGCAAUGUUGUAAUGCUGGACGUAUGCGUGAUUCUCGUAGCCUCUUUCACUAAUAAUACAUUGAUGUCUUGAGGAGAAAUUAUGUGCAGAUCUGUGGCCUGAGCGGUGAGCACGAAUUACGACACGUCAUUUAUGGAGAUGAAAGGGUCUUGUGUUAUUCCUUCAAAAAUUCGCCACAAUGUAGUUGUAUCAUUUCGCUGUGGUUCGAUCUACGACUGCAGUCAUACGAGGUCGGAAGGAAACUGGGAACUCGGUAUGGAUAAGAACACUGUUUGGAAUGUUAUGCUCAAAAUCACAAAGUUGUUGUUAGGCUGUGUAAUUCAUUGUUGUGUUUAAUUGUCUUAGUUUCGCAUUUUUAUAUUGUCCUGAACGCCAUGAGAUUUUUUUAAGUGAAAGAUAUUCUGUAAUCGGGCUGCAUUAAAUGUCAGAAUCAUAUCCUUUGUAUGUUUUGUUUACUUUUCUAUAAUUCAAUAAAGCUCGUUUUCUAGCAAACCA